UAUUUGCUUAUUUUAGUAGCAGUGUUAUUAAAAAUUUAAAAACAGUUUUAUUUUUCUUGGUACCAAUUGUUUUGGCAGUCGAUGUUUGCAAAAUUCAGUUCAGAGUUAGUUGAUGAUUGGUUAAUAACUAAUGGUAAAACUAAAAAUGAAUGAUGCUUGUGAAGAUUUGGGCACAAUCAGUGGCUUUAGCAAUUCAAUAAACAAAGAUGCUAUACAUUUUCAGAACAUCAAGACAAAUGAAUUGUGUUUCAAAGAUAAUGCUUCAAUAGAUUCUACUAUUUUUGAAUCAACAUUAAACAAAAUAAGUCAAAAUGAUAAAAGUUUACAUAAAAAAAAUUCUAUAAAAAACUCAGUUAUAAAUAAAAAUAUUAACUUGAUGGAUGAAGUAUAUGAUCAUAAGAAAGUGCGAUCAAUUAUUCCUACUAAAACAUAUCCUAAAAGACUUCGAAAAGAAAUUUAUGCUGAUUUAAUUACAGAUACAAAAAAAGAGAAAGAAAAUAAUUUAAAUAGAAAUACACCUGUUGAAACCUCUAUCAAAAUUAAAAAGUCUGCAACAAAAGUACCAAAAAUUGAAACACCAAGAAAAAAAAUCCACAACAACAAAACACAAUUUUCUUGUCAGCAAUGUGGAGAGUCUUUCAUUCGAAAACUUCACUUUAAAAUUCAUAUGAAAGUACACGUUCAAGAGAAAAACAGACUUAAAGCUGCGGAAGAGUAUAAGCCACAUACUUCUUUACUUUCACCAGCUACAAAAAAAAACCAAAAUGUUUGUCUUUUAUUACCAAAUAAUUCUAAUCCCUUAUUAGGUACAUUAGAAAAUGAACCUGAACCAAAAAACUGUGUUGUCGAAAAUAACCUUAACUCAAAUAGUGGAAAUGAAACAGAGCCUUGCUCUCAGCAUGUUCCUUUUAAUAAUUUAAAAAGUGAAAAUCAUAUUUUAGCUGAAACUUUUAAAGAAGAAAAUAUUAACUUAGCAUGCAGUAAUUCUCUUAUUUCUUCAGCUGAAAUUAUUAGCAUUGCAGGUAAUGACUCGAAUAAAGUAGUUUUGGAUUCUGAUGAACCAAAUACAAACAAAAUGCAAAAAGAAAAAUUAUUUCAAUGUCAUGAUUGUGAUCAAGAGUUUAAACGUCGUGAUUAUCUAAGAGACCAUAUAAUUACAUCUCAUGAUGGAAUAAAACCAUUUCAAUGUGAGAUAUGUCAUAAAGGUUUUGUACGAAGAAAUGUGUUACACAAUCAUAUGCGUUCUCAUACUGGUGAAAAACCAUUCCAAUGUGAUCAAUGUGACAAAGCAUUUGCUCAUAAAUCUAAUUUAAGAAGUCAUGUAAAGUUGCACACUGGUGAACGUCCUUUCAAAUGUGACAUAUGUGAGAAAACUUUUUGUGCUAAAUCAAAUCUUGCUUCACAUGUUAAAAUUCAUGCUGGUGUAAAGCCGCAUAAAUGUCCAGAAUGUGAUCAAGCUUUCAUUCAUAUGGAUACUUUAAAAAAACAUGUUAUGGUACACACUGGUGAGCGUCCAUUUAAAUGUACAGAAUGUAACAAAGCAUUUCGGAGAAAUACACAUUUGACAAUUCACAUGCGACAUCAUACUAAUGUUAGACCUUUUCAAUGUGAAGUGUGCGAUAAAGCAUUUUUUGAAAAAAGUGUUCUACAAAGUCAUAUGACCCAGCAUACAGGUGUUAAGCCAUUCCAGUGUGACCUUUGCGAUAAAUCUUUUUGUCAUCGUAGUACUCUAAAUAUUCACUUACAAAUUCAUCGUGGAGAACGAUUAUUUCAUUGUUCUGUGUGCCAAAAGUCAUUUUGUGAUAAAACAACACUUAUACGCCAUAUCCGUAUUCAUACAGGAGAAAAACCAUUUAAGUGUGAUGUAUGUAAUCUCCACUUUCGACAGAGUAGCAAUCUGAAGCGACAUACUCGAAUUCAUACUGGUGAGCGUCCUUUUAAAUGUACAUACUGUGACAAAUUGUUUGCUCAGAACAUUAAUCUCACAAAUCAUAUGAGGGUACACACUGGAGAAAAACCCUUUUUAUGCGGAACUUGCAACAAAGCAUUUACACAACGUUCAAAUCUUAUUAGCCAUCAGAAAUCACACGCUGGAGAAGAUCAUGUUGUAGAAAUUUAUGCAGAUUAUCCUCGUAAUUCUGAAAAUAGUUCAGAUAGUGACAAUAAUACUUUUAAAAUUAGAGGUACUAAUGUUUCUAUUUCACUUGGGAAUAUUAGAGGUGACAAAGAUAAUGCUGAAGUUCAAAGAAAACUGCGUUUUAUUAGCCAGACAAUAGCAGACAAUGUGAGUCAAAAUAAAGGCUUCUACAUUCGUACUCUAGUUAAAAAUAAUACAAAUAAUAGUGAAAAGGGAAUCUCAGAAAAAACUAUUUUUGAGAAGAAUGAAGCAGAAAGGGUGCUUCAAACACUGAUUGAUCACAAUAUUAGUAAUUCAGUAGACUCUCAAAAAGUGAUAGUUACGAAUUCUGAUAAUGAUAUGCCAAUUAUUACAACUUACGGUCAUAUAAUUAAUAUAAUGUCUGAUCAAGACAAGUCUGGAACUCUAGGAAACUAUGUUAUCCCUCAUAUUUCCACUUGUUCACAAUCAAUAGAGAAAAAGGAGCAAACAGAUAACCAAUCAGAACACGAAUACAUUGAAAAUGAACAAGAGCAUAAUUUUAUUAGUGAACAAAGUGAAAGUGUUGCCAUGGUUCAAGAUGAUAAUGGCAGUGUUUUAUAUGUUCACGAAGAAGAUAUAAGAGAUAUUUCAGAUAAAGCACAUGUAUAUUUAGAAGCUUCCGGCCUUCAGGACGAAAAUAUUUAUGUAGAAUCGAACGAAGAAAAUGAAAUAUAUGUCGAAGGUUCUGAUGCCAAUCAGGAAUAUUCUGAUGUAAAUCAAGAGUACUCUCAUAAUAAUGUUCACGAUUCUCAAAUUCAAGGAAAUACUUUGAUUGGACAAGAUAUGAUUUCUCAAGAUUUACUACGUCAAGUUGAAUCAUAUGUUGUGAGUAAUUAUAAUCAAGAGACUUAUGAACAGCUCUUAAGUGUUGCUGCUCAUGCCAUUCCUACAGUUGUUGAAAAUCAAACUGAACAUGAAUAUUAUGAAAAUGGUUAUAUCCCUGGCAAUGAGGAAACUAUUGAAUCUACAGGAUCUGAAGUUGCUGAUGAUAUGCAUGAUCUUUUACAUUAUGCAGUUUCUCAAACUGUUGAAACGAGUGAAGACAAUUAAUGAUCUUACAGUAUAAAAUUAUCUAUUUGAAAUUUAUUUCUUACUUUUUUAAUAUUUAUUUAUAACGCUAUUUAUAA